CCGCGGACAUACAACCACUGGCCACCGUGCCCGCACCACUUCAACAGCACCUUCGACUCUUCGAUUACAUAUUCAACACCUUAUUUACCGCCCACUUGGCCAUCAGCUGAUUAAACCUCAAGCAAUCAAUCAGACGUUUCUUCAAAAUCAAAAAUCAUCAAUAUGCCUUCAACUCUUUCCCACACUCAAGCCAUGGACGAGUUGAAGAAAUACUCGAGGAUGGAUGGUCUCAGUCUCCAGGAACUCAUGGAUUCAACCAAAUUCGGAGGAUUAACGUACAACGACUUUCUGCUUCUACCUGGCUAUAUUGACUUUCCGGCAGCCGAAGUUUCACUCGAGUCAAGAGUUACCCGGAAUAUCACCCUGAAGACUCCAUUCAUGAGUUCUCCCAUGGACACUGUCACUGAAACCGAUAUGGCAAUAACCAUGGCUCUCCUGGGAGGAGUUGGCAUUAUCCAUCACAACAUGCCUGCCCAUCUACAAGCCGCUAUGGUCCGCGCUGUCAAAAAGUAUGAGAAUGGAUUUAUUACCGACCCUUUCUGCCUUACUCCCGAACACACUGUUGCAGAUGUGCUGGCGGUCAAGGAAGCCUAUGGAUUCUGUGGAAUUCCAGUCACAGAUACUGGCAAGUUAGGAGGAGUCUUACAAGGAAUCGUGACUGCGCGUGACAUCCAAUUCAGAUCAUCUAAUCAACCUUUAUCAGAGGUCAUGACCAAACUGUCCGAACUCGUUGUCGGACCGGAAGGCAUCACCUUGGAAGAAGCCAAUGCGAUCUUACGAGAUUGUAAGAAGGGCAAACUGCCACUGGUCGAUUCUGAAGGUCGAUUGCGCUCACUACUUGCCCGAAGCGACUUACUCAAGAACAAAGACUACCCACUGGCGAGCAAGAAACCUGCCAGCAAACAAUUGCUAUGUGGAGCCGCAGUCGGCACACGAGAAACUGAUCGAGCACGACUCACAGCAUUGGUUCAGGCCGGCCUUGAUGUGGUAGUCCUCGACUCGUCUCAGGGCAACUCGAUCUACCAGAUCGAAAUGAUCAAAUGGAUCAAAGAGACCCAUCCCGGUCUGGAUGUGAUUGCGGGCAACGUGGUGACUCGGGAACAGGCAGCCGCACUGAUUGCCGUUGGGGCAGAUGCACUCAGGGUCGGGAUGGGAAGCGGCUCGAUCUGCAUCACACAAGAGGUCUGUGCCGUCGGAAGACCACAGGGAUCGGCAGUCUUUGCUGUAGCCGAAUUCGCGCGCAAGUUUGGCGUCCCAGUGAUUGCGGAUGGAGGGAUCUCAAACGUCGGACAUAUCGGCAAGGCGAUUGCACUCGGAGCCUCGGCGGUGAUGAUGGGCGGCUUACUGGCGGGCACAACUGAAGCACCCGGCGAGUACUUCUACAACGAAGGUCAACGACUCAAGAAAUACCGUGGAAUGGGUAGUCUGGAUGCCAUGGAGCACGGAAACGCCGAGAAGAAUCCCGUCAAGCGGACCGCAAGUCCUUCGCUCCAAACUCGUCUGAAAACUGGAGCCAGCAAGUCUUCCGAGGAUAACGCUGCAACUUCACGUUACUUCUCUGAGAGCGGUUCUGUCCGAGUCGCCCAGGGUGUCACGGGCGCGGUGGUAGACAAAGGUUCACUGAAGAAGUUUGUCCCAUAUCUGUACACUGGACUCCAGCAUUCACUGCAGGAUGUAGGCGUUCGGUCGAUCGCCCAACUCCGAGAACGUGCUGACGGAUCCGAGGUGCGGUUUGAGCUCCGAACAACAAGUGCGCAAGUAGAGGGAGGCGUACAUGGACUUCAUUCAUACGAAAAACGGCUCUUCUCUUGAGCUCUACCUUUCAACCUCUCAGCAUCCAUUCAAUUCAAUUCUACUCUUCAAUGCCACCCCCCCCCCCC